AUGGCUGCUCACCUCACCUCUCCCUGCCAAGGGGUGGGGUGCGUGUGGGAAGGUUGGACUGCCUGCCCCAGGCCUCUGGGAGAGACUGCCCUCAUGCCCCGCCCUGCGAACCUGUCAUGCCAGUUGCUUCGCCAAUGAGAAGGGGAGAUGCAGCAAGGUGGGGCACAAAGGCCCUGUGCUGAGCACCCGUAAUCCUCUGGGGGUGCCACCCCUAGAAACAGUACCCCACCAUGUUUAACCUAAUGAAGAAAGACAAGGACAAGGAUGGCACGCGGAAGGAGAAGAAGGAGAAAAAGGAGAAGAAGGAGCGGAUGUCAGCAGCGGAGCUGCGGAGCCUGGAAGAGAUGAGCCUGAGGCGUGGCUUCUUCAACCUGAACCGCUCCUCCAAGCGUGACUCGAAGACACGCUUGGAAAUCUCCAACCCCAUCCCCAUCAAGGUGGCCAGCGGCUCCGACCUGCACCUGACUGACAUCGACUCCGACAGCAACAGGGGCAGUGUCAUCCUGGACUCGGGCCACCUGAGCACAGCCAGCUCCAGCGAUGACCUCAAGGGUGAGGAAGGCAGCUUACGGGGCUCGGUGCUGCAGCGGGCAGCCAAGUUCGGCUCCCUGGCCAAGCAGAACUCGCAGAUGAUUGUCAAGCGCUUCUCCUUCUCCCAGCGCAGCCGGGAUGAGAGCGCCUCAGAAACCUCCACCCCCUCAGAGCACUCUGCCGCCCCGUCUCCACAGGUGGAGGUGAGGACCCUAGAGGGACAGCUGAUGCAGCAUCCCGGCCCAGGCAUCCCUCGACCAGGACCUCGGUCCCGAGCCCCUGAGCUGGUGACUAAAAGGUUCCCGGCUGACCUGCGCUUGCCCCCCGUGGUGCCCCCGCUACCCCCUGCCCUCCGGGAACUGGAACUGCAGCGACGGCCCACGGGGGACUUUGGCUUCUCCCUGCGACGCACAACCAUGCUGGAUCGGGGCCCCGAGGGUCAGGUCUAUCGGAGGGUGGUUCACUUCGCUGAGCCCGGCGCGGGCACCAAGGACCUGGCCCUGGGGCUGGUGCCGGGUGAUCGUCUGGUGGAGAUUAAUGGGCACAACGUGGAGAGCAAGUCCAGGGAUGAGAUAGUGGAGAUGAUCCGGCAGUCUGGGGACAGCGUGCGGCUCAAGGUGCAGCCCAUCCCGGAGCUCAGCGAGCUGAGUCGGAGCUGGCUGCGGAGCGGCGAGGGACCCCGCAGGGAGCCAGCCCAUGUUAAAGAGGAGGACAAAACUCUGCCGAAGCCUGGUCCUCCUGCCAAGGAGGGAGGGGCUCUAGAGGGCAGCUCAAAGGGCAGCAGUGGCCCAUCUAAGAGUCCUCAGCCUUCCACCAGCCCUGUACCCUCAGAGGCCCCCCAGAGGGCCAAGAGCCCUGCAUCCACACUCACCAUGAACGGCCCGAGGACUGCCUCAGUGGAAGGCCCCAGCGAGGAGGCCCAGGGCCUGUCCCGGAAGAGGGUGGCGAAUGCAGUGAGGAAGGUGGUGAGCAAGGUGCUGCCUGUUGAGGAGCCUGGGAGCACCAAGGAGCCUCCGGGCAGAGCGGUCAGAUCUCCUGAGCACCCAGCUCGAGGCAGGAAGGGAGAAAAGGCAGCCCCUGGUCCGAAGCUGCCACCCCCUCCUGCUCCCCCUGCUCGGCCUAAGUCCGAAGCAGAGAAGGAGGCCGCCAAGGAUGAGCUCUCCGUGGGCCUGCGGAGCCUGAUGUCUCGGGGCAGGGGCAAGGACCACAGGCCGCGUGGCAGGCAGCCUCCCGGGAAGGGGGAGAAGCCCUCCAGCCAGGAGCCAGGCUCCUCGGGGAAACCAGUCUCCCCGGAGACAGUGGACUCCUCAGAGAAGCUAGGCUCCCCAGCCCAGCCAGAAGAGCUGGCGGACCCGGGCUCCGCUGACCCGAACCUCAAGUCGAACCUCACUGGAUUGCGACAGAACAAGUCACCAGCCCCUGACGUGCAGCAGGAGGCAGGAGCUGCCCCCGAGGUCCAGCUGACCCCCGCAGAGGAGGCCCACCAGCGGCUUGAGAGGAUCUUCACAGCUCCUCUGGACCCUGAGGCCGCCUCUCCUGCCCACAGCCAGGUGAAGACAGAAGAGCAGAUCGCAGCUGAGGAAGCCUGGUAUGAGACAGAGAAGGUGUGGCUGGUCCAUAAGGAUGGCUUCUCACUGGCCACUCAGCUCAAAUCCGAGGAGCUCAGCUUGCCCGAGGGGAAGGUGCGCGUGAAGCUAGACCAUGAUGGAGCCAUCCUGGAUGUGGACGAGGAUGAUGUGGAGAAGGCUAAUGCUCCCUCCUGCGACCGUCUGGAGGAUCUGGCCUCGCUGGUGUACCUCAAUGAGUCCAGCGUCCUGCACACACUGCGCCAGCGCUAUGGUGCCAGCCUGCUGCACACGUACGCCGGCCCCAGCCUGCUGGUCCUCAGCCCCCGGGGGGCCCCCGCUGUGUACUCGGAGAAGGUGAUGCACAUGUUCAAGGGGUGUCGGCGGGAGGACAUGGCCCCCCACAUCUAUGCCGUGGCCCAGACCGCAUACAGGGCGAUGCUGAUGAGCCGUCAGGACCAGUCCAUCAUCCUCCUGGGCAGUAGUGGCAGUGGCAAGACCACCAGCUGCCAGCAUCUGGUGCAAUAUUUGGCCACCAUCGCAGGCACCAGCGGGAAUAAGGUGUUUUCUGUGGACAAGUGGCAGGCUCUGUACACCCUCCUGGAAGCCUUUGGGAACAGCCCCACCAUCAUGAACGGCAACGCCACCCGCUUCUCCCAGAUCCUCUCCCUGGACUUUGACCAAGCCGGCCAGGUGGCCUCAGCCUCCGUUCAGACGAUGCUUCUGGAGAAGCUGCGUGUGGCACGACGCCCAGCCGGUGAGGCCACAUUCAAUAUCUUCUACUACCUGCUGGCCUGUGGGGAUGGCACCCUCAGGACAGAGCUCCACUUGAACCACUUGGCAGAGAACAAUGUGUUUGGGAUUGUACCACUGGCCAAGCCUGAGGAGAAGCAGAAGGCGGCUCAGCAGUUCAGCAAGCUCCAGACGGCCAUGAAGGUGCUGGGCAUCUCCCCCGACGAACAGAAAGCCUGCUGGCUCAUCCUGGCUGCCAUCUACCACCUGGGGGCUGCAGGCGCCACCAAAGCUGGGCGCAGGCAGUUUGCCCGCCACGAGUGGGCCCAGAAGGCUGCGUACCUGCUGGGCUGCAACCUGGAAGAGCUGUCCUCGGCCAUCUUCAAGCACCAGCACCAGGGCGGCACCCUGCAGCGCUCCACCUCCUUCCGCCAGGGCCCCGAGGAGAGCAGCCUGGGGGACGGCACAGGCCCCAAACUGAGUGCACUGGAGUGCCUGGAGGGCAUGGCGUCCGGCCUCUACAGCGAGCUCUUCACGCUUCUCAUCUCCCUGGUGAACAGGGCUCUCAAGUCCAGCCAGCACUCGCUCUGCUCUGUGAUGAUUGUGGACACUCCCGGCUUCCAGAACCCUGAGCAGGGUGGGUCGGCCCGCGGAGCCUCCUUUGAGGAGCUGUGCCACAACUACGCCCAGGACCGGCUGCAGAGGCUGUUCCAUGAGCGCACCUUUGUGCAGGAGUUGGAAAGAUACAAGGAGGAGAACAUCGAGCUGGCGUUUGACGACUUGGAGCCAGCCACGGAUGACUCUGUGGCCGCCGUGGACCAGGCCUCCCAUCAGUCCCUGGUCCGCUCGCUGGCCCGCACCGAUGAGGCGAAGGGCCUGCUAUGGUUGUUGGAAGAGGAGGUGCUGGUGCCAGGGGCCACUGAGGACGCCCUCCUGGAGCGCCUUUUCUCCUACUAUGGCCCCCAGGAAGGUGACCGAAAAGGCCAAGGCCCCCUCCUGCGCAGCAGCAAACCGCACCAUUUUCUCCUGGGCCACAGCCAUGGCACCAACUGGGUGGAGUACAACACGGCCGGCUGGCUGAGCUACACGAAGCAGAACCCGGCCACCCAGAACGCCCCCCGGCUCCUGCAGGACUCCCAGAAAAAAAUCAUCAGCAACCUGUUUCUGGGCCGGGCGGGCAGCGCCACGGUGCUCUCAGGCUCCAUUGCGGGCCUGGAGGGCGGCUCGCAGUUGGCGCUGCGCCGGGCCACCAGCAUGCGGAAGACCUUCACCACAGGGAUGGCGGCUGUCAAGAAGAAGUCCCUGUGCAUCCAGAUUAAGCUGCAGGUGGACGCCCUCAUUGACACCAUCAAGAAGUCAAAGCUGCAUUUCGUGCAUUGCUUCCUGCCUGUGGCAGAGGGCUGGGCCGGGGAGCCCCGUUCCGCCCACUCCCGCAGAGUCAGCUGCAGCAGUGAGCUGGACCUGCCCCCCGGAGACCACUGCGAGGCCGGGCUCCUGCAGCUGGAUGCGCCCCUGCUCCGCGCCCAGCUUCGAGGCUCCCGCCUGCUUGAUGCCAUGCGCAUGUACCGCCAAGGUUACCCUGACCACAUGGUGUUUUCUGAGUUCCGCCGCCGCUUCGACGUCCUGGCCCCACACCUGACCAAGAAACACGGGCGCAACUACAUUGUGGUGGAUGAAAAGCGGGCGGUGGAGGAGCUGCUGGAGUCCUUGGACCUGGAGCAGAGCAGCUGCUGCAUGGGCCUGAGCCGGGUGUUCUUCCGGGCAGGCACACUGGCGCGGCUGGAGGAGCAGCGGGAUGAACAAACCAGCAGGAACCUGACCCUGUUCCAGGCAGCCUGCAGGGGCUACCUGGCCCGUCAGCACUUCAAGAAGAAAAAGAUCCAAGACCUGGCCAUUCGCUGUGUGCAGAAGAACAUCAAGAAGAACAAAGGGGUGAAGGACUGGCCCUGGUGGAAGCUCUUCACCACGGUGCGACCCCUCAUUGAGGUACAGCUGUCGGAGGAGCAGAUCCGGAACAAAGAUGAAGAGAUCCAGCAGCUGAGGAGUAAGCUUGAGAAGGUGGAGAAGGAGCGGAACGAGCUGCGGCUCAGCAGUGACCGGCUGGAGACCCGGAUCUCGGAGCUGACAUCGGAGCUGACGGAUGAACGUAACACGGGAGAGUCCGCCUCCCAGCUGCUGGACGCGGAGACCGCCGAGAGGCUCCGGGCUGAGAAGGAGAUGAAGGAGCUGCAGACCCAGUAUGAUGCACUGAAGAAGAAAAUGGAGGUGAUGGAAAUGGAGGUGAUGGAGGCCCGUCUCAUCCGGGCAGCUGAGAUCAACGGGGAAGUGGAUGAUGAUGACACAGGUGGCGAGUGGCGCCUGAAGUAUGAGCGAGCGGUGCGGGAGGUGGACUUCACCAAGAAGCGGCUCCAGCAGGAGUUUGAGGACAAGCUGGAGGUGGAGCAGCAGAACAGGAGGCAGCUGGAGAGGCGGCUUGGAGACCUGCAGGCAGAUAGUGAUGAGAGCCAGCGGGCCCUGCAGCAGCUCAAGAAGAAGUGCCAGCGGCUGACGGCCGAGCUGCAGGACACCAAGCUGCACCUGGAGGGCCAGCAGGUCCGCAACCACGAGCUGGAGAAGAAACAGAGGAGGUUUGACAGUGAGCUCUCGCAGGCACAUGAGGAGGCCCAGCGGGAGAAGCUGCAGCGGGAGAAGCUGCAGCGGGAGAAGGACAUGCUCCUCGCCGAGGCUUUCAGCCUGAAGCAGCAAAUGGAGGAAAAAGACAUGGACAUUGCGGGAUUCACCCAGAAGGUUGUGUCAUUGGAGGCUGAGCUCCAGGACAUUUCUUCCCAAGAGUCCAAGGAUGAGGCCUCUUUGGCCAAGGUCAGGAAACAGCUCCGAGACCUGGAGGCCAAGGUCAAGGAUCAGGAGGAGGAGCUGGAUGAGCAGGCGGGGACCAUCCAGAUGCUGGAGCAGGCCAAGCUGCGGCUCGAGAUGGAGAUGGAGCGGAUGAGGCAGACCCAUUCCAAGGAGAUGGAGAGUCGGGAUGAGGAGGUGGAGGAGGCCCGGCAGUCAUGUCAGAAAAAGUUAAAGCAAAUGGAAAUACAGCUCGAGGAGGAGUACGAGGACAAGCAGAAGGUGCUGCGGGAAAAGCGGGAGCUGGAGAACAAGGUGGCCACGCUCAGUGACCAGGUGAACCAGCGAGACUUUGAGUCAGAGAAGCGGCUCCGGAAAGACCUGAAGCGCACCAAGGCCCUGCUGGCAGAUGCUCAGAUCAUGCUGGACCACCUGAAGAACAAUGCACCCAGCAAGAGGGAGAUCGCCCAGCUGAAGAACCAGCUGGAGGAGUCAGAGUUCACCUGUGCAGCAGCCGUGAAAGCGCGCAAAGCAAUGGAGGUGGAGAUCGAAGACCUGCACCUGCAGAUUGACGACAUCGCCAAAGCCAAGACGGCGCUGGAGGAGCAGCUGAGCCGCCUUCAGCGUGAGAAGAAUGAGAUCCAGAGCCGGCUGGAGGAGGACCAGGAGGACAUGAAUGAGCUGAUGAAGAAGCACAAGGCAGCCGUGGCUCAGGCCUCCCGGGAUCUGGCUCAGAUGAAUGAUCUCCAGGCUCAGCUAGAAGAAGCCAACAAAGAGAAGCAAGAGCUACAGGAGAAGCUACAAGCCCUCCAGAGCCAAGUGGAGUUCCUGGAGCAGUCCAUGGUGGACAGGUCCCUGGUGAGCAGGCAGGAAGCUAAGAUCCGGGAGCUGGAGACACGCCUGGAGUUCGAAAGGACCCAAGUGAAGCGGCUGGAGAGCCUGGCCGGCCGGCUCAAGGAGAACAUGGAGAAGCUGACUGAGGAACGGGAUCAGCGCACGGCGGCUGAGAACCGGGAGAAGGAGCAGAACAAGCGGCUGCAGCGGCAGCUCCGGGACACCAAGGAGGAGAUGGGCGAGCUUGCCAGGAAGGAGGCCGAGGCGAGCCGCAAGAAGCAUGAACUGGAGAUGGAUCUGGAGAGUCUGGAAGCUGCUAACCAGAGCCUGCAGGCUGAUCUGAAACUGGCGUUCAAGCGCAUCGGGGACCUGCAGGCCGCCAUUGAGGACGAGAUGGAGAGUGAUGAGAACGAGGACCUCAUCAACAGUUUGCAGGACAUGGUGACAAAGUAUCAGAAAAGAAAGAAUAAACCCGAGGGGGACUCAGAUGUGGACUCAGAGCUGGAGGACCGGGUCGACGGGGUCAAGUCAUGGUUGUCCAAAAACAAGGGGCCUUCCAAGGCGGCUUCCGAUGAUGGCAGCUUGAAGAGUUCUAGCCACCAGCACAGUUCCUGUCCACCAGGAAAACAGUAGUCCUGAAACCCUACACACCGCCACCUCCAACAAGGAUUGGAUUCACCGUGGCCAGAGUGGGCACCAAGCCAGAAGCUAGCCAACCAGUACAGAGCUGGCAGAGAAGGUCCAGGGGAGGGAGGACCUAGUUGGACUCAGCAUGAACUGGCUUUGGGUGAAUAAACUGCCAAGAGUGGGGGCAGUUUAGCUUCCCACCUGGUGAUGGGGACCUGCAAGAAUGCAGAACACGAAAGCACCCAUAGCAAAGGCAAGGGGAGGGGGCUGCUCGCCCAGUGGGAAUUAGCUUAUGCACCAAAUCGUUUGUGACAGUGUUGAGCAGGAGACACUGGCUUGUGAGGAGGAAAGCUUUUGAAACAAUGUGGUUAAAAUGUUCAAAUUGCAGCCCUGACUCUUGCCCCAGGGAAGGGAGCCAGCUGCCUGCUGUUGACUCUCCGGCAGCUGUGGCUGUAGAAGCCACAAAGGAAACUGGCUAAAGAGCACCCAGGGUGGGAGCAGGGGUGUCUUGUGGCUGCACAGAGCAGGGGAGAGAAGCCUGUCAUUUAGCCCUCCCGGCUGCCUCUACCACUGCACCCAGCAUCUGGAUGGAACAGUAUUGAAACCCAGCUGUCGUUUAUCCAGGUGUCUGCCUGGCAGGCACAGGAAUAUGGAAGUGGGGUCUGCAGCUCCACUCUGAGGAGAGGUGUGAGGAUGGAAAGGAACACCCCAUUUGCAUCUGGGUCCCAGCCCUGGCACCUACCUCACCCCCCUCUGCCCACAAAAUAACCCCACUGUCUUUCCACAAAGCCAUUCCUUCCUUUGCCCAACAGCAGACCUUAGCGUUGGGUGCCCAGAAGUUCUGUCUAAAAAAUGAAAAUAAAAUCAGGCUCCCGCUAAUUCAGAAUUCAAACAACUCAAAAGCUAAAAUAACCCCAGUUUUUUCUAUGUUGCACAGUCAUCAUUGAGCUUUAUAAUUUUGUCACUGAGACGUCCCAGAGUCCUUAAGAGCCUUUGGCCCAUCAAAGUAAAACUCAUUUAUGUUCAGACUAGUUUCUAUUAAAUGUGUUUUGUGCUAUUCUGAUUCCUUUAAAAAUGGUAAUUCGUUCCUGAGAAAUACGAUAACUAUUAACCAGACUGCCCCAUUCCUAAACCGUUUUGCAUAAUUGAACAGGCUCUUCUAUCAGGCUCUUCCAUCUCCCCAGGGAGAGAGAAAGAAAGACCUGUCUUUACACACCCCCUGGCCUCUCGCCCAGGCCAGUGGGGAGAAUGCAGGUUUCAUCUGGUUUUCUCCUCAGGUCACCGGUCUGGCAGCAAGGUGGAGUCAUCAAAAGGCUUUGAGGUCUAAGGUCCCAGGUUCAGAUUUACAUACUGGCUGUGUGACCUUGGGCAAGGUGCUUCGUCUCUUUGAACCAGCUUCCUCAUGCCAUUUCAUGUGGUGAAGAAUAAGAUAGCACAUCCAGAGUGCCUAAGACAGUGUCUCACAUUACAGGAAAUAUUCAGUGAUGAAAUCCUUUCUUCAACACAGUUGGAAAAGCUGAGCAUGUGGUUCUUUCUUGCAGAACGCUGUGUCCUCCUCUUUUGGUUUGGAGAUAGAAGAACUUGGAAAGCGCUAGUAAACAAGGGCCUUCCUCAGAUUCUUAAAUCAGAAUUGUAGACAGUGGGAUCACAGGAUUCCUGUUUAUCCUAGCGGAAGCUCUCUAGGAUCUGGAAGCAGGGCUGUGUCCCUGAGAGCACUGGGCAGGGAGGGGCCCAUUGAGUGCAGGGCACUGGUAGGGGUGGAGCCACCCUGGGCUGCAUUUUCUCCAGCGUUGCUGAAAUUACAGUGCACUUGUACU